AGGUACAGCAACUACACUACUGAUUUCUUGAGCAGAUCUAUUUUGCAUCCGAUUCCGGGCGAAUUUUUUGUAGCAUUUGUUAAUUCGAGUUAGAGUCGAGGCUAGUUUGUCGAAGAAAUGGUGGCGUUUUCGUGUGGUUUUUCAUGAGGUAGUUGGGGGAAUAUAUCUGGCCAUUGAUUUUUUUUAUUUUUUUUUCGUUUGAUUGCUCGGUUUAAAUUUGGUAACGUUGGUGAGUGAAAAUAAUGAAAGUUAGGUUCUACAAGAAACCGGAUUGAUUUUGCAUAGUUUGAGUAAAUAAAAGCGAAGAAUAACGGAAAAGGGGGGGGAAACUGUUGCCGUCGGUGGUGAAUCUUAGGGUUUGUAUGUUUUGGGGAAAAAUCAUUGGUUCAUUUUGAGGCAGUUGGUGAUUUGAUUUGAUUGGUUGUGAUGGAUAAAGGCAUUGAUCACUUGAUAUCUGCUAGGAAGCUUUUGAAAGCCAAUGUGGAGAAAUCCAAGUGUUUAGGGGCAUCUUUAGAAAAAUCAGGAUCUAUAUUAGGUGAGAUUAGCUGUAGAUUACCUUCGUUGGAGGUCGCGGUUUGGCCAAUCCAAGCCGAAAGGGAUGCCCUCAGCGCCGUUGGUGGUCACAUCAACCAAGCUGUAGUUCCUGCAGCUUCAGUUCUUAAGGUUUUCGACGCCAUCCAUGGGCUUGAAAAAUCAUUGUCUGAUCCACAGUAUGACCUUUUGGGAUAUCUUAGUGUCCUCAAACGCCUUGAAGAGGCGUUGCGAUUCUUGGGGGAUAACUGUGGGAUGGCUAUUCAAUGGUUGGGUGAUAUAGUGGAGUAUCUGGAUGAUCAUAGGGUUGCAGACAAGGCAUUUAUUUCGAGUUUAAAGAAGGCGCUGGCGAAUCUCAGGGAGCUGGAGGCAGGCGAUGAGAAGGGCCGCCUUGAUGGGGGGCUGUUGGAGGCUGCGCUCGACAGAUUGCAGAAUGAGUUCAGGAGACUGCUGGUUGAGAAUACUGUUCCGCUGCCUAUGUCCUCUCCAACCUUACCGGGCGAGCAAGCUUGCAUUGCGCCAUCACCAUUGCCGGUGGCAGUCAUCCAGAAGUUGCAGGCUAUUUUAGGGAGAUUAAUUGCGAAUGAGAGGCUUGAAAAGUGUAUAUCCAUUUACAUUGAGGUUCGGAGCUCUAAUGUUCGGGCUAGCCUGCAAGCCCUUAAUUUGGAUUACCUUGAAAUAUCGGUGUCUGAAUUCAACGACGUAGCGAGCAUUGAGGGUUAUAUAGCCAAGUGGGGAAAACAUUUGGAGUUUGCUGUGAAACACCUGUUUGAAGCUGAGUAUAAGCUUUGCAACGACGUGUUUGAACGAAUGGGAUUGGACGUGUGGAAGAGCUGCUUUGCCAAAAUUGCUGCGCAGGCCGGAAUGCUCGCCUUCCUGCAGUUUGGCAAAACAGUUACAGAAAGUCGCAAGGAUCCCAUCAAGCUAUUGAAACUGCUCGACAUUUUUGCAUCCCUAAGCAAGCUUAGAUCAGACUUCAACCGCCUCUUUGGUGGGGCUCCGUGCGCGGAGAUUCAAAACCUUACAAGGGAUCUAAUCAAGAGAUUAAUUGGCGGAGCAUGCGAAAUUUUCUGGGAGCUAUUGGUUCAAGUUGAGCUGCAACGACGCACGCCUCCUCCACCUGAUUGCAGCAUCCCUAGAGUCGUAACAUUUAUCACUGAUUACUGCAACAAGCUGAUCGGGGAUGACUACAGGCCAAUCCUGAUGCAGGUUCUUGUCAUCGAACGGAGCUGGAAGCAGGAGAAGUUCCAGGAGCGAAUCCUCUACAACGAACUUCUAAAAUUAGUACAAUCUAUCGAGGUGAAUUUGGACACGUGGUCCAAGGGUUACAAAGAUGCAGUCCCCUCCUACCUCUUCCAGAUGAACAAUCACUGGCAUUUAUACAAGCAUCUGAAAGGGUCGAGAUUUGGUGGGCUUUUAGGAGAUACAUGGCUGCGAGAACACGAACAGUACAAGGACUAUUUUUCAACCAUGUAUUUGCGCGAGAGCUGGGGGAAGCUCCCGACUCUCCUGAGCCGGGAAGGGCUGAUCCUCUUUUCCGGUGGGCGAGCAACUGCGCGCAAUUUGGUGAAACAGAGAUUGAAAGCGUUCAAUGAAGCGUUCGAUGAGAUGUACAAGAAACAUUCCAAUUACGUGAUUGCAGACAAGGAGCUUCGCGAGAAGACAUGCCAGGCGAUCAUCCAGACCAUUGUGCCGGUGUAUCGUAGCUAUAUGCAGAACUACGGGCCACUUGUGGAACAGGACGCAAGCGCAAGCAAAUACGCCAAGUACACGGCGCAGUCGUUGGAGAAGAUGUUCAACUCUCUUUUCCAUCCGAAGCUGGCGAAGCACGGCAGCUUGAAGGUGAGGCAUCCUAGCGGAAAAUUCAACCCUCCUUCGGAAGAUCCGCAGAGUGUAAAGUGAAAAACUUGCAGAAUCUGCAUUGGAUUGGAUGUUGAUGUUGAUGUUGUAUAUACUACCAUGAGUAUCAGGAUCAGGAUCAGGAUCAGUGUGAGGAUGGGGUUGGGGUUAUUGUUAUUGAAGAAGAUGAAGAUGAAGAUGAAGAUGCAAAUAUUAGUUACUUGCAGGUAGUAGUAACUUAACUAUGGUUCAGGAGAAGAGGGGGAUGGGGAGGGGGAAGGAGAUCAAUCUGAAGUCAGAGAGAGAGUAUUUUAUUAUAUGGAAUGGAAAUAUGGAAUAAUAAUGAGAACGAUACUGCCUAUUUAUGAAAUGGAAUUUUAGUCCUGUUCUGAUGAUAAUGGCACAAUUUAUUACUUUAUUGUGUGUAGGUUUUACCAGUAAUGUAUGUGUCUCUAUAUAUACACAUACAAUUUCAAUCUAUCAAUAAACAAAAUUAGGAGUGGGUGA